AUGACAUCAUCUGCUGUUUACCAACGAAAGCGUGCACUAAUCAUCGGUAUCAAUACAUACCCACGUGAUCCAUUACAGUACUGCAUAAAUGAUGCUGAAGAUUUAAGUGCAACUCUUCAAUGUAUUGGUUUUGACAUAACCUUAGAACUGGAUUGCCAUUAUAGUAAAUUCUACAAUGUAAUAGAUGAAUUUGCUGAGAGAAUUCAACAUGAUGAAUUGGUAUUAUUUUAUUUUGCUGGUCAUGGUAAACAAAGUAAAGAUCAGAAUUAUUUGUUACCAUCAGAUUAUGAUUAUGAUUAUCGAAGACAUGAACGUCACUAUAUUACGGAUCAUGCGAUCAAUGUACAAUACAUAAUGAAGAAAAUAGACGAUAAAUUAUGUCGUACAGCAAUCUAUAUAUUUGAUUGUUGCAGAAAAUUAAUAAGAACUCGAGCAACCAAUGAAAAUCAAGGUCUGUCACCUAUCCAUCCACCACCAAAAUCUCUCAUCGUGUUUGCUUGUGCUCCGGGUAAAACGGUACAAGAUGAAACUCAAAACGGCAGAAAUGGUAGUUUUAUGGAAAAUUUGUUAAAAUGGAUUGUAACAUCCAAUACAGAUAUCGAAGAAAUAAUGAAGAAUGUUGCCAGUGCUGUGAACUUACAAACAGCUGGUUUUCAAUUGCCAUAUCGAGCAAGCUCUCUCACAGACAAAGUCUGCUUAGUAAUAAAUAAUAGUCAAGGUUAG